UUGCCGAUGGGGUUGGCCAAGCGGCCCAAGGGAGCCUGUGGCCACCGGGGCUUCAGGGGUUAAAUCAACGUACCACAAAUUGAGGAACAAGAUUAGGGAAUAAGCGAUCCGACUAAAUUCCUCGUGAUCCCAAGCCAUGGCAAAACGGGACGAGGCAACGUGAGUCACUCCAGAGAGAAGCAGCGUCCCAAAGGGGAAUCAGCCAGCAGGUGAGACCAGCCGCCGUGGGCAGAGUGGCCAAGGAGCGCGGUGCCGCGGACUCCGGCUUGCUGGUGAUGGAGAGCAUCUCUUCUUCCCCUUCACCCUUCUCUGCCAGUUCCCCCACCGUGCAGUCCGAGAACGCCACUGCCCAUGACUACUACUCCGGCCUGCAGAAGAGCAUGCACAUCCUCUCCAUGGUGGUGUACAGCAUCGCCUGUUUGCUGGGGGUGACAGGGAACGGCCUCGUCAUCUGGAUCGCAGGCUUCAAGAUGAAGAAGACGGUGAACUCUGUCUGGUUCCUCAACCUGGCCAUUGCUGACUUCAUCUUCACCUUUUUCCUGCCCCUCAGCAUCGCCUACACCGCCCUGGGCUUUCACUGGCCGUUUGGGAAGCUCCUGUGCAAGCUGAACAGCACCAUCGCAUUCCUCAACAUGUUCGCCAGCGUCUUCCUCCUGACGGUCAUCAGCAUGGACCGCUGCGUUUCUGUGGCCUUUCCUGUCUGGUCUCACAACCGCAGGAGUCCGGAGCUGGCAGCCAGGAUUGCACUGGGGACGUGGAUCCUGGCUCUCCUCCUCAGCUCCCCGUACCUCGUCUUUCGGGACACGGUGGUCAGUUCCAGGAACAUCACCAGCUGCUAUAAUAAUUUUGCACUUUCUGAUGACUACACGUCCGAGGCAACGCGGAGGCUGUGGAGGAUGCGGCAUAAAGCGAUGAUCAUAACGCGAUUCUUAUGUGGGUUCCUCAUCCCUUUCACGGUGAUUCUCAUCUGCUACAGCAUCGUUGCUGUCAAGCUGAAAAGGCGGCAGUUAGCCAACUCUGCGAAGCCAUACAGAAUUAUCAUUGCUGUCACAGUCUCGUUUUUCCUCUGUUAUUUCCCCUAUCACGUCUUCUCCUUGCUGGAAAUAUCCAAAAACUCUUCCAGUCACGAGAUGAAAAUGGCCCUUUACAUAGGGAUCCCCUUGGUUUCCAGCCUUGCUUUCUUCAACAGCUGCAUCAACCCCAUCCUGUACGUAUUUGUGGGGCCGGAUUUCAAGGAGAAGUUUCGCCAGUCCAUCCUGUCGACCUUCGAAGGGGCCUUCAGCGAGGAGUCGGUCCUGGGCAGUCUGACCAGCCGGCGGAAGUCCAGGUCUGCUUCGGAAGCGGAGGUCCCGAGGGUCUGAGCAGGCACUGGUGUGGAGGGGGCAGUUCUUUUCUCUGUGAUUUCCCUUCAUUUCAGAGCUAUAGUUGCAGGACUGGGGGCUACGAAGGGCUGUGCAUGCUAACGAAGUGUGAUUUCAUGUUUUGGAGGUAUCUCAAACCUACUAUGACUUAAUAUAUUACAGAAAUUAAACAACCAUCUGGGGCUGCAGCAGGGUGGGAAAGUCAAAGUACAUUUUGCUCCCUGUGUCGCUUCCUUGGCUGCCUUGUGUCCCUCUAUCUCUUCCAUCCCCCUAUGGUCCAUCAUACCCGGCAAAAUAUCUCCCUGGCUGGCCAUGCUGAGGGGGCAAUCACAGCCUGGGUGGUGGCUGCCAGUUGUCAGACUUGGUUGCCUCAGCGCUGUUGAUCUCUUACAGCUUCCAGUUUUUAACAGGGACCCUUUAUAAAAUUCGCUGGGUUUGUGACUCUGCUGGCAGAGCUCCCUUUACUUUCCUCUCCUCCUGGGGCUCUCAAGGAGGGAGCUCUCAGCUGCUCUCCAUGCCACCCAGCCCAGGGUCACCUUGUACAUGUCCGGGGGAGGCAUAUGGGGACAAAUCCUGUUUGCAUCUCUGUUGGGUUCACCUGCCUGCAGUGCAUUUACACGUGGCGCCCCAAGGGGAGAUUUUUCUUCCCUGCCCUUACCAGACUUCCCUGGCAGCUCAGCUUUGCUGGGGUUCCACCAGGGAGCAAAAUCGGGUCCAGCUGCACUGGCGGAGUACAGCUGUGCCGGAGGUGUACGGCCACGCUGGAGGUAUAUGGCUGUGCUGAGGUGUAUGGCUGCGUCAGCAUUUCGGCUGUCCAGAGGAGAAGAGGAGGGAAGGGAGAGCUAUUCCAUAAGUCCCUUGUAAUUAAAUUAGUAAACAAAAUACAAAAAUCCUUUCCCAUGUAUCAUUCCAGUCUGGUGCAUGGGCUGCUAAAGCUUAAGGACAAAAUAAUUAAAAAAAAAAAGCAGCUUGAACGUGCAGUGGGAUCCAUCCAGAGGCACUCCUACACAUGCAGCUUUUAAAGAAAUAGGGUUAAAUGAAAUGGCUAUAUGUAUUUUUGUAGGGUCUGGAAUAGCUAGUAAGACACUCAUCUUUUCUCUCCCCAGAUGUGUGGCAGGACAAAUUAUUGGUUGUGCUCCAGUUCCUCAGGUUUGAUGUACAGCAUAACUAUUGCUGAGCAAUGCUUGUCUGUGUGUGUGAAUUUGACAUGUUUCUGGCCCUUAAAUAGUGAAGAUCUGACAUUUUGUACUGUUGGUGAAUGAAUAUUAAACCCCAUUAAACUUAUGUAAAACAUA